AAACUGGACCCGUCCUUCGUCCAAGCUCCCGUCCCGCCGCACACCUAGAAAUACCUACACACUAUCUCCCCCGCCCAUGCCUCCACCACCGAAACCAUGGCCCGCAUCCGCGAUCGACACCACCGCCUCCUCGUCCUCUGCACCGUGACUCUCCUCCUCGUCUUCUACUUCCAUUCACACACUACCCCAGCACCACCACCACCACCACCACCACCACCACCGCUGCCCCUCCCCCAGGGCCGCAUCCUCAUAGCUUCCAAUCACUGGAACUCCGCAAAGAUCCUACCCGUGUGGUCCGCCGCGGUCCUCUCGCUCAUCGAGCACCUCGGCGCCGAGAAUGUCUACUUCAGCCUGUACGAGUCAGGGUCAUGGGACAACACCAAGUCGCAGCUGCGGGCGCUCGACCACUCGCUCGGCCAGCUCGGUGUGCCACGGUCCAUCAUCCUCGACGAGGUCACCCACGCGGAGGAGAUAUCGCGUCCGCGUGGCCUCAACGAGCCAGGCUGGCUCUUCAACCGCGCCUCAGCUCGCUGGGAGCUGCGACGGAUCCCGUACCUCGCGCGCCUGCGCAACCUGGUGCUCUCGCCGCUGCAGGACCCGGCGAUCACCAACGCCACCCACAGCUUCAGCCGGAUCCUCUUCCUCAACGACGUGGUAUUCACCGCCGCUGACGCCCUCACCCUCCUGAACACCCGCGACGGCAACUACGCCGCCGCUUGCGCGCUCGACUUCCGCUACGCUAGAGAGUUCUACGAUACCUUUGCGCUGCGCGAUAGCAAGGGCCGCCCCGCUGUCUCCCAGCGUUGGCCGUACUUCGGCGCGGGACUGUCGCGCCGUCUGCUCGCCGCGGGGGCACCAGAGGUGCCCGUCAGCUCGUGCUGGAACGGCAUGGUCGCCUUCGAUGCCCGGCCGUUCUUGGGGGCCGGGGGGCUCAGGUUUCGCGGGGUGGACGACGCGCUGGCGGAGUUGCACGUCGAGGGGAGUGAGUGCUGUCUUGUGCACUACGAUAACCCGUUGACGAGGGAGAAGGGCAGGGGCGUGUGGGUCAAUACGCAAGUGAGGGUCGGGUACACCGUAGAGGCGUAUGAAGGCACCAGGAACUGGCCGACGUGGCGCGAGAGGGCGUGGGGGUGGGUGACGGCGCUGGUGACCGGCGUGCUGGGACUGCCGUGGAGGGACGGGAGGAUCGCGAGGAGGCUGCAGAGCUGGGGCGGUACCGAGGUCGGUGCGGAUUGUCUGAUCGAUGAGAUGCAGGUGCUGAGGAGUAAUGGGUGGAAACACUUGUAGGCUGGGGGUUGGUUGUCGUUACCAGUAGACGGCUCUGAUGGCCCAGCGAGGGAAUGGGAACGUUGCCCUUUAUAGUAGGCGACGCUUUGCAAUAGCACCUGCCACAAGAAUCAAGAUUCACUGUAACAUACUGAUGUUGUAUCCUUAGCCUGAAUGUCAUUACCUACUCUACAUGGCAACCGGCUUUGUAGAUUGACUGCCGUGAUCUACGGAAGGUGGAAUGCAGCGG